CUCAUUUAUCAGAGAAUGAGAAAGUGUGUGUAUGCGUGCAUGUGUGUUCCUGAAAUCUUUUGUAGAGACUGUCUUCCUUCUGUCCUCCUUGGCGGUGGCCCUCCUCUCUGCCAGAGGGCAGUGUGCUAGAAUAGGCUGGGCUGGAGGAGUGGCCAGAAAACAAAAUAGAUCUCCUCACUUAUGGGGGGAAGCUGCCGAAAGAUUUUUAAAGUACCAGAAGUCUCCCCUUAGAAGGAAAAACUGAGCAGGAUGAGUAGCAAAAAAGGGGACUGAUCCUUGGAAAUGUAAUGUGACUGACAAUAGUAGGAACAAGGUGUUUGAAAGGAGCCCCACGCAGCAUGUGCAGGCGUCUUCUGGUGUGUUAAUCAGUAGAAAGGUGGAGCCCGGGGCCCUGCAAGUCGGAGCAUGGUGAUCCUAAUUCUUAGGCCAGUGCUCUGCCCCCUGGGAGUUCUGGCCCCUUCCUGACUCUCACCCUCUCAGAGAAAGAUUGCUAGUCCUGGAAACUAGGCCCUUUCCUUCAAACAGCAGAAGAUAAGAAAUAGGAUUGGGGUCAGAUCCAGGAAAAUGAGCAAACAAAGAAAAUGAUCCAAGAUUUCAUAAUCUGCAUCCAAUUUCAUUGGGCUGCUAGGUGUGAAUAAGCCUAGCCUUUUUAAACUAUCUAUGCACAAAUAAAACUGAUGGUGAGGACCUUGUUCAGGAAAUGCAGCAGCAGGUCAAAUUGUAUCCAAAGAAGGAGAGAGCGAAAGAUGAUGGCUUGGUUCUGACACUCCCUUCAAUCUCUAUAUUGAAUGACUCAAUCCUUGGGAAUUAUUCUCAUCUGUGCUCUGUACAUUCUCUGUGAGUCAAGCAUAGAAGUGGACAGCUGUCUGGCAAUGGGAGAUGAGAGGGGCAUGACACGAAUGCUACUGGAAUGCAGCAGUCUCAGUGACAAGUUGUGUGUUGUCCAGGAGCAUCAGUAUGAAAUCAUCAUUGUCCCAACCUUCCUGGUUGGCAUCUUCCUCAUCCUUCUUGGGGUCAUCCUGUGGCUUUUUAUCAGAGAACAAAGAGCUCAACAACAGUCUUCUGGACUCCGAGGCAUUGCCCCCAUGCCUCCAUCAAGGAGCCUAAGCUGGGAAGCAGCAGGACAUGGAGGAAGUGUGUUUGUGCCACUUAAGGAGACAUCGGUGGAAAGCCUUCUACAGACUACCACACAUGCCCUGGCUAAGCUGCAAGUGCCCCGGGAGCAACUCUCUGCUGUUCUGGAGCAUAUCUACAAUGGUAGUUGUGGGGCCAUCUAUCGAACCAAGAUGUGCACUGGGGACCCUGCUAAGCCCAAGAGUGUCAUCCUCAAGGCUUUAAAAGAACCAGCUGGGCUCCAGGAGGUGCAGGAUUUCUUAGGGCGAAUCCAAUUCUAUCAGUAUCUGGGGAAGCACAAGAACCUGGUACAGCUGGAAGGCUGCUGCACAGAAGAACUGCCGCUCUAUAUGGUUUUGGAGGACGUGGCCCAAGGGGACCUGCUCAGCUUUCUCUGGACCUGUCGCCGGGAUGUGAUGACCAUGGAUGGCCUUCUUUAUGAUCUCACAGAAAAACAAGUAUAUUACAUUGGGAAACAGGUCCUUUUAGCUUUGGAAUUUCUCCAGGAUAAGCAUCUGUUCCACGGGGAUGUAGCAGCCAGGAAUAUCCUGAUCCAGUGUGAUCUUACUGCUAAGCUCUGUGGACUGGGCCUGGCUUAUGAAGUCCACACCCGAGGGGCCAUCUCCUCUACUCACACUGUACCUCUCAAGUGGCUCGCCCCAGAACGGCUCCUGCUGAGACAAGCUGACAUCAGAGGAGAUGUCUGGUCCUUUGGAAUCCUGCUCUAUGAGAUGGUGACUCUAGGGGCACCACCAUAUCCUGAAGUCCCUCCCACCAGCAUUCUACAGCAUCUCCAAAGAAGGAAAAUCAUGAAGAGACCCAGUAGUUGUACACACACAAUGUAUAGUCUUAUGAAGUCCUGCUGGCGCUGGAGUGAGGACAGCCGCCCUUCAGUUAGAGAACUACACUCGCGCCUAGAAACUGCUGCUCGAACUGCAGAUGACAAGGCUGUGUUGCAAGUACCAGAGUUGGUGGUGCCUGAACUGUACGCAGCUGUGGCGGGCAUCAGCGUGGAGAGCCUCUCCUACAGCUACAGCAUCCUUUGAAGAUCCCAGGGCAAGAAACAUUUAUGGGUGAUCACAUACUCUUGGAGCCAAUUCCUCCAAGAACAGAGAAUAGACUUUCUAGUGGGACAUAAUGAGAGAAAUGGGACAUGGAUCCUGGAUCUUCCCCUACACAUUCCCUAGAUACCUGACAUGAUGCUAUAGGAGGCUCUACACACCAUAUACCCUUGAGACUGAGAAAUAUAGUUUCAUUUCUACUGUCCCAAUCCUAAAGACCCAGGAGAGAAGUGGUGGACAGUGUCAUUCCAAAGGAGGUUUUAGAAAUCUGCAGUGUUUGUUGCGGCAUGGCACAAAUAAGCUGGUCCCUCCCACCACAGGCUAGUUUCCUCCUGAAGCAUGCUUUUUUAUCUAGCCUAUUAUAAGGUGCAGAGAAAUUGCAAUCAAAUGAGGGAAUAGAAAGCCAGUAAAGAAGUUGAUUAAGAGAAAAUUAAAGGUUUUACUUGCUGAGGAGUAUAGAUGUGGACCAAGUUUAUCCUUCAAAGAGAAGGAGGAGGAAGGACGUAAAGUUCUUCAGUUCUGGUCCUAUCAUGCAGGGCUAGAGGAGAACCAUGAAGGAAAACUUCUGAGUUUCCUCUUGGCUAUAGAUAAGAGAAAGAUGGUCCCCUUUUCUCUAAUUCUGAGAGACGAGUACCUUGUCGGUACUACUUUUAACUAGAAGCUGGAGGGGUCAAUUCAUGAUUAAGAACAUUCAACACGUCUUGUUCAUCAGGCUAGCUUCCUGGUCCCUAUAAGACUAGGGAGAUUGAGCCUAAAGAGUUAGUUCGGUCAGCGAUGAAUAUAUUAUGUGUCUAUUAAAUAAACAGGAAAUGUGGAAACCAAGCAAGAAUGCUUAGUAAGACAGAAUGUCUUAAACAAGGGCUAGAAAAGGAUGUAUUCUGAGACAGAAGGCUAGCAGCUUCUGAUUUGCAAUCAUUUACUGAUGUACUGUGAAAUUUAUUUCAUUAAAUUAAUAUUUAUUGAGUAAAAAUAGGCUUUUCUGGUAUACGGCUUCCAAAAUGUCUACAAUAGGGAGGAUAAAAGUAAAUAAAUGGAAAUUAAUGGCAAUAGAAAAAUUCAAGAGACAAUCUACAUUGUCAGAAAAGGGAUUCCUCACGUGUAAAAUGGGGAUAAUAUAUACCUCACAGGGUUGUCAUGAGGAUUGAAUGAGAGUAUGUAUUUGUACAGUAUUUGGCACAUAAUAUGUGCUCAAUAAAUGUUUUCUUUCCCCCUUCCUA